UAAAAUUUGUAAUAGCGUUUCGCAGUCGCCUCGUUGCGUGGUCGCAGUCUUUCGGUGUAGCAGAUUAUAUCAACACCUUCGUCAGGCGCUUUUCAUUAUUUCUGUGUUAAAAAUACAAGAAAAAUGUCAGAAGAGUACAGAAAUAACCCGUCGAUUGCCAACUUCGUCGAAUAUUUGCGCAUACCAAGCGUGCAACCAAAUGUUAAUUAUGAGGAAUGCCUCAAUUUCCUCAAAAGGCAGAGCGAUGAACUGGGACUCCUGUUCAAGGUGUACGAGUUGGUACCACAGAAGCCAAUCGCCGUGUUGACGUGGCUGGGGCAGGAACCCUCGCUUCCGGCAAUCUUGCUCAAUUCACAUAUGGAUGUCGUACCUGUAUUCGAGAAUAGUUGGACAUACCCACCAUUUAGUGGGCAUAUAGACGAGGAUGGUAAAAUCUUCGCUCGCGGCUCACAAGACAUGAAGUGUGUUGGCAUCCAGUAUCUUGAGGCAGUUCGGAAAUUAAAGAGCUCCGGGAUUAAGUUAAAGAGAACCAUGCACCUUAGCUUCGUACCUGAUGAAGAAAUCGGCGGCCAUGAUGGUAUGAAGAAAUUCGUUCUCACCGACAGUUUUAGGGCGCUGAACAUUGGGUUCGCUUUGGACGAGGGUAUGGCCAAUCCCGGGGAAGAGUUUGUCGUAUUUAAUGGAGAAAGGAGCAUUUGGCAAAUCCAUGUUAUCUGCACUGGUCAACCUGGUCACGGAUCUCUCCUUUUACCAAAUACAGCCGGGGAAAAGCUCCGAUACAUCAUCAAUAAGUUCAUGGACCUGAGGGAGGAACAAAAGAAAAUUCUCGAAAGCAGUCCUAAGUUCACGAUCGGAGAUGUAACCACGAUCAAUCUAACUCAAGUGUUUGGUGGUAUUCAGUCAAAUGUUGUUCCGGAAAAAUUAACAGCUGUAUUCGAUUGCCGCCUAGCUGUUACGGUAAAUCAUGAAGAAUUUGAAAACAUGGUCAAGCAGUGGUGCAAGGAAGCUGGUGAAGGAGUAACUUAUGACUUUGAACAGAAAAAUCCGUGCGUUGAGGUCACGAAAACCGAUGAGUCUAACCCAUACUGGAUGGCUUUCAAAUCUCUAGCUGACGAAUUGAAGUUAAAGUUGGACAUCAGAAUAUUCCCUGGCGGUACUGACAGCAGAUAUGUCCGUCGAGUGGGCAUACCGGCCAUCGGCUUCUCUCCUAUGAACCAUACACCUGUCCUCCUUCACGAUCACAACGAAUUCCUUCGUGCCGAUAUUUUCUUAAGAGGCAUCGAUAUUUACGUCAAACUUAUUCCAGCAGUGGCCAACGUCUAACUUUUUCUCUUUUGUGUCGUAUUUUAUUUUUAUAUCGUAAUGGCUUAAUAGUAGUUAAUAGAACUAAUGCAUAAUACGGUUUAUUAAAACAAGAGAGUGAGUUUAAAAACCAAGCCGAAGGUAAGGAUAAUAGUAUCCUGUAUCACAUGUUAUACGUGUAGUUUAUCUGAAAAUCCAAUCUUCAUAGGUAACAGAGUCCAAAAAAAAUUUACGUGUUUAAAGUGAUCGUAAUUGUAUUGUUUAAGAGUUGGCUGAGCCACAUUUUAAGUAACGUACAUAUUUUUUAGAAAGCUUACACAUUCAAGUUCCAUCCUUGUUUGAUAAUAAUUGAUACCUACUAAAAUAAAACUUGGUCGCGACAUUUGGUCUUCUCUUGGUCGCGCAGAAGUGACCACGAUUACGACCAUAUUCGGUGACAAAUGGAACAAAUUUUAAAAGCUACUGCCCGAUUGGCGGGUUAAUUUUUUUUAAUUAAACGGCCCGGGCCCCUUAUAGCAGUCUAGACACUUACAAAAAAAAAAUUCACUACAUAUUUUUUUCGUACCUACGCUAAAAUGUCACUGUUUGAAUUCUUAUUCAAGAUUCAGAUAAUAAUAAUAUUAUGAUCGUAAAUACCUAGCUGGUAAAGCAUUUAUUUUUGUCUGAUAAUUACGAUUUUAUUAUACCUACCAGCUAUUGUUAUUAAUAAAUUAAGUAAGCUGUAGUUAUUAUUCUUUCAUCAUUAGGUAUAAUAAUGAGAUGUUUAUUAAAACAACAUACUUAUAAUGAUCCCAGCAGCCCAGCUCAUACGUAAGCUAUAGGUAUGUACCUUAGAGCUACUGGUACGAAUACUACAUAAAUAUAGGUACCUAGUUAAGUAGUUACAUACUUAACAUACGUACAUAUGUUUUUGUAAUUUUAAUUAAAUAAGGAAAUAAUAAAAAUUAUUAAAUAAUAAGUAGGUAUAUCAAAGAUAUUAUCAUUUACCAUUUACUACUUGCUGUAAUUUACGUGCAUGUUCUGAAUAAAAAUAACUACCUACAGUUCAA